AAAAAUCCCAUCCCAUAUCAAUAACGACACGACAAUAAACGGGAAUGAGAAAAUAGGGAACAGAGGAAUGCCUAUGCGAGCAAGAGUGAGGGAGGAGAGCACGAGAGUCUCCUAAAAUGCUGGAAAAUUGGUUCAGACUUGGAACAGGGAGCUGCUCUGUUUCAUUUCAUUUUUCUUUCCUUGCCACCUCCAUCCCUUCGUCGCCUACCUUUCUAGGUAUGCUUUGCAGCAUGCGGUGGUGUUUUAAUGGCUGAACUGCUCGAGUAGAGUGACCUUCUUGUUGCAAUCAACUUAAAAAACAAAAAAUGCCAAGAGGCAGGAUAAGGGCAAAGCUUCGCCGGAGCAAUCUAUACACCUUUGCAUGUAUCCGGCCGCGAUCUGCAGAGGAGGUGGGACCCCACCGGCUAGGCCCCGGAUUUUCACGAGUAGUGCAUUGCAACCAACCCCAAGUGCAUGACGUGAAACCCCUCAAAUACUGUACAAAUUACAUUUCAACCACAAAAUACAAUUUCAUCACGUUCAUACCCAAGGCCAUAUUUGAGCAAUUCAGGCGUGUUGCCAACUUGUAUUUCCUCCUUGCUGCCAUUCUGUCUCUCACACCGGUCUCACCCUUCUCGGCUGUCAGUAUGAUUGCCCCUUUGGUCUUUGUUGUUGGUUUGAGUAUGGUAAAGGAAGCUUUGGAAGACUGGAAUAGAUUCAUCCAGGACAUGAAGGUCAAUUUGCGCAAAGCCACUGUUCACAAAAGGGAUAGUGGGUGUUUUGGUCAUAAGCCAUGGAUGAAGCUUCGGGUUGGAGAUAUUGUCAAAGUGGAAAAGGAUCGAUUUUUCCCUGCAGAUUUAUUACUUCUCUCUUCCAGUUAUGAAGAUGGAAUCUGUUAUGUGGAGACGAUGAACUUAGAUGGAGAGACAAACUUGAAGGUAAAAAGAGCUUUGGAGGUAACGUUACCCUUGGAAGACGAUGAAGCAUUCAAGGAAUUCAGAGCAGUUAUAAAAUGUGAAGAUCCAAACCCAAAUCUUUACACUUUUGUUGGUAAUCUUGAAUAUGAGCGACAGGUUUACCCUCUUGACCCUAGUCAAAUCUUGCUUAGAGAUUCAAAGCUUAGGAACACAGCUUAUGUGUACGGAGCUGUGAUAUUCACCGGACAAGACAGCAAAGUCAUGCAAAACUCAACAAAAUCACCUUCGAAAAGGAGUCAAAUUGAACGACAGAUGGACAAAAUCAUAUACGUCCUUUUCACGCUCCUAGUUUUGAUUUCUUUGAUUAGUUCAAUCGGUUUUGCUCUAAAGACAAAGUUCCAGAUGCCUAGUUGGUGGUAUCUUCAACCUCAAGAUAAGAGUAACAUCCUCUAUAAUCCAAACAAACCAGAGUUGUCUGGGAUAUUUCAUCUAGUCACAGCUCUUUUAUUAUAUGGAUACUUAAUACCCAUAUCCCUUUACGUCUCUAUUGAAGUUGUGAAGGUCUUACAAGCAUUGUUCAUAAACCAGGACGUUCAUAUGUAUGAUGAAGAGUCUGGGACUCCUGCUCAAGCAAGAACAUCAAAUCUAAAUGAAGAGCUGGGCCAGGUUGACACCAUCCUGUCAGACAAAACGGGUACAUUGACAUGCAAUCAGAUGGAUUUCUUAAAAUGCUCCAUUGGUGGGACCCCAUAUGGAAAACGCGCUAGUGAUGUGGAACUUGCGGCCGCUAAGCAGAUGGCAAUGGAAAAUGAUGAUGAAGAUGUUUUUGAGAGCACGCCUCGUGGAACCGGGUUUGGUGGGGCAUCAGAUAUUGAGUUGGAGACGGUCAUAACUUGUCGAGAUGAGGAUGAAAAAAAACCUUGUGUUAAGGGGUUUAGCUUUGAGGAUGACCAACUGAUGAAUGGGAAUUGGAUAAAUGAACCAAAUGCCGAUGUCAUAUUGUUAUUCUUCAGGAUACUGUCGAUUUGUCACACCGCAAUUCCCGAAUUUAAUGAGGAGACCGGUUUCUUCAACUAUGAAGCUGAGUCACCGGAUGAGGGUUCAUUUCUUGUUGCGGCUAGAGAAUUUGGGUUUGAGUUUUGUAAAAGAACUCAAUCAAGCAUUGUUGUCCGUGAGAGAUAUCCUUCUUUUCACCAGCCUGUUGAAAGGGAAGUUAAAGUUCUCAAUUUGUUGGACUUCACAAGCAAGAGGAAGAGAAUGUCCGUUAUAAUCCGAGAUGAGAGCGGACAAAUUUUUCUCUUCUGCAAAGGAGCAGACAGCAUUAUGUUUGAGAGAUUAUCAAAAAAUGGGAGAAUGUAUCUAGAGGCAACCACAAAGCAUUUGAAUGAUUAUGGGGAAGCUGGACUGCGCACACUUGCCCUAGCAUACAAGAAGCUAGAAGAGGCAGAGUAUUCUGCAUGGAAUGAAGAAUUCACAAAGGCAAAAACCUCAAUUGGAGGUGAUAGGGAAGCAAUGCUUGAGAGGAUCUCUGAUUUGAUGGAAAGAGAUCUUAUUCUUGUAGGUGCCACUGCCGUGGAGGAUAAACUGCAGAAAGGAGUCCCUCAAUGCAUAGACAAAUUGGCACAAGCUGGGCUAAAGAUUUGGGUUCUUACAGGAGAUAAAAUGGAAACCGCAAUUAAUAUAGGAUUUGCUUGUAGUUUACUUAGGCAGGGCAUGAAGCAAAUUUGCAUUUCAUCAUCAAAUGCAGAUGCAACUGACAAAGAAUCCAAAAGGGUUGUCAAGGAGAAUAUUUUGUUGCAAAUGACAAAUGCUUCCCAAAUGGUGAAACUUGAAAAGGACCCACAUGCCGCGUUUGCACUAAUUAUUGAUGGGAAAACACUAACUUAUGCCUUGGAAAAUGAUAUGAAGCAUCAUUUUUUGAACUUAGCUGUUGAUUGUGCAUCUGUCAUUUGUUGUCGUGUUUCUCCAAAGCAGAAGGCUUUGGUGACAAGGUUAGUUAAAGAGGGUACAUGUAAAACAACCUUAGCAAUCGGUGAUGGUGCAAAUGAUGUUGGAAUGAUUCAGGAAGCAGAUAUUGGUGUUGGAAUCAGUGGGGCGGAAGGAAUGCAGGCUGUGAUGGCAAGUGACUUUGCUAUUGCACAAUUCCCAUUUUUGGAGAGACUCCUUGUUGUACAUGGCCACUGGUGCUACAAACGGAUUGCUCAGAUGAUAUGCUACUUCUUCUACAAAAAUAUUGCAUUUGGCCUCACACUCUUCUACUUUGAGGCAUUUACUGGCUUCUCUGGGCAGUCAAUUUAUCAUGAUUGGUAUAUGCUAUUGUUCAAUGUGGUUCUUACUUCCUUGCCUGUCAUUUCACUAGGAGUCUUUGAGCAGGAUGUGUCUUCGCAAGUCUGCUUACAGUUUCCAGCAUUAUAUCAGCAAGGACCCAAAAACUUAUUCUUCGAUUGGAACAGAAUAUUCGGGUGGAUGGGAAACGGAGUCUAUACGUCUCUCGUCAUCUUCUUCCUCAACCUCGUCAUUUUCUACGACCAGGCCUUCCGAUCCGGAGGCCAGACCGCUGACUUGACGGCCAUGGGGACUGC